AUGUCAUUUGUACGUUCUUGCCGAUUUUUAUUCACUUUUUCCGCUUCUUCAUUUCCAUCAGCAUCGUUACGUCGAAAAAGCGAUGAGGAGGGAAUGAUCAAGUUUGGUUCGGGCAGUUAUAGUGUUCGGGAAUCGGAAGGACUAAAUCCGCAAAGCUUAACAUUCCCGGUUCGGACAAUUUCUUGCACCGUCACAUUCCUAGAUAACACUGAACGAAGAUUCGAAAUUGAGCGCCAUGCCAAAGGACAAAUAUUACUUAACAUGGUAUUUGAUCAUCUUGAAUUGGUCGAGAAGGAUUAUUUCGGAUUGCAGUACAUAUCUGCCCUUGAAACAAGCCAAGCCGGUGUUAAGAAAUGGCUUGAUCCAACGAAAUCGAUUAGGAAACAAUUAUUUUACCCACCAUAUCAGUUGCAUUUUCGCCUCAAAUUUUAUGUUAGUGAUCCAUCAAAAUUAAUGGAAGAAUAUACAAGGUAUCAUGUUUUUCUUCAACUCAAAAAUGAUUUAUUGGAAGGUCGAUUAGUUUGUCCUGAAAAUAGUGUUGCUAUGCUUGCCAGCUAUGCUGUCCAAUCAGAAUUUGGUGAUUACAGUGAGGAGGAACAUGGUACCUCAUACCUUAAUGAAUUCAAAUUUAUUCCUGAACAGAGUACUGCCCUAGUUAAGAAUGUAAUCGAUUUACAUAAACUUCAUAAAGGACAAAGUCCAGCUGAAGCAGAAUUCAAUUUCCUAAAAUAUGCCAAGGAUCUCGACCUAUAUGGUAUUGAUCUCUAUCCGGCUAAGGAAAGUAAUGGUACAAUGAUUGGUAUCGGUGUGAGUAACAGUGGCGUAGUGCUUGUGCGAUGUAAUCGUCGUGAAUCAAUCUAUCCGUGGUCUGCCAUUAUGAAAUUAUCAUUUAAGAAGAAGUUAUUUAGUAUACAUAUGCGCACGAUCAAAAGUGAUAAUACGGAAGAAGAUACGUUGAUUACUUUUAACAUUCAAAAUCCGGAAAGUUGUAAAGCAUUAUGGAAAAGUUGCAUUGAACAUCAUACAUUCUUUCGACUUAUUGCUCCACCGAUACCGCCACCAAAAUCAUUCUUUAGCAUUGGAAGUCGAUUUCGCUAUAGUGGACGAACGGAAUAUCAAAGUAUGGAAGAGAUGAGGAGACGUGCUCGUGUCGAACGCACAUUUUUAAGGCAUUCAAGCCGUGAAUCCCAGAAUACGAUGAAUGGUAAUUCAUCAAGUGCUCGAGAUUAUGCUUCAUCUUAUAACACCACUUCACCUGUCAUCGCAUCUCGCUUUUUCUGCCGUUCGCAAAUUUAUUUACGAAAAUGGCUUAGUGGACGCAUUCGUGGUGUGUCACCAUCUUCUUCCACUCUAACGACAACCAUCAAUAAUGCGACACGAGGAGGAGAAGCUGUAACAUCGCUUGGAACUGUUGAUAAUUCGCUACAGCGCACUGGUUGCAACACAUCGGGCUCAACUUUAUCACCAAUCUCAUCGGUUACUGCUGCUCCAAGUGGUACUUUGAAAUUUCAGCAAUCUGAAAUAUCACAUAACGCUGAUACUGUACAAAAGGAAAACGUUGAUAACGAUGACAAAAUUGCUAGCAAAAUUGAUAACUCAGCUGUUGUUGCUGAGGAGCAAAGUGAAAGCACUCCAAGUUCAUCUGUAUGUCGUGUGUCGUGCACACAGCAAGAUUCCUCCACUCGAUUGCAAGAAGCUGCCACACCAUCGAGAGUAAUCGUUGCACCACCUGGAAGUUCAGCAACACUACAACCGAACAGUAAACAUCGUGAAACGACAUUUGGUAUAGAUGAAGAUUGCUGGCGAUCUAGUAGUGCUGCCAUGCUUACUAAUGGAAAGGCGCAAUUAAUUGGUGGACCAUCGACUACAACAGCUUCGGUUGCUGCGACCGUUCAUCGUCUAGGUGGCAUUAAUGGUCAUCAAAGUGUAUGUCGCAAGAGCACUAAUAAUAGCACAUCAAAUGCAUCUGUUUCAAAUGGUUUUACAAGUGGUUCAACCGUAAAUCGAUUUAUCCCAAAUGGUUCCGUUGCUGGAUCACCGCUUCGUGUCCAUUCACCGCGUACCGUAUCAAAUGGUAAAUUACAAAAUGGUGGAUCUCCACGAUCGUCUCUUGCUAGUUAUUCAUCGUACGGUUCAGUAGUAAAUCAAUCUAACGGGUACAGUCCGACGUACAUCAGGCGAUCACCUCGUCCGUCAUCAUCUCCAAUAAGUGAGGACUGCUUAGUGGUAAUCCGGAUGCGAGCAGAUGCCCAAGGCCGGUAUGGUUUCAAUGUGAAAGGUGGUGCUGAUCAGAAUUAUCCGGUAAUUGUAAGUCGAGUUGCACCUGGCAGCGCUGCUGAUAAGUGCAAUCCUAGGCUAAAUGAAGGCGAUCAGGUUUUAUUAAUUAACGGCAUGGAUAUAUCCUCGAUGCCGCAUGAAAAAGUUGUUCGAUUCAUUCGUGCCGCACGUGAUUCACCGAAAGGAGAGCUAGUGCUUACAAUCAGGCCGAAUGUUUAUCGGUGUGGUGAGGAUGUGGAAGAAUCAGAUGCACACCAUUUACCUGAAGUUCCUCACGUAGCUGACACAGUGCCGCGUUCUGAUAAGCUAUCACAAUCCCUUAUCAUGCUCAAAGAGUCCCUUUCAUCUGGAAAAAUUAUAACGCAAUUUGAGCAAUUGUAUCGGAAAAAGCCGGGUUUAUCGAUGGAAGAUUGUAAGCUAUCAUUAAAUGUUAAUAAAAAUCGUUAUCGAGAUGUAUGCCCGUACGAUAAUACCCGCGUAAAGAUAACCGCACCUUCUGGCGACUAUAUCAAUGCGUCCUUUGUCAACAUGGAGAUCCCCUCAAGUGGUAUUAUAAAUCGAUACAUAGCAGCUCAGGGACCACUUGCGCAUACAUCCGGUGAUUUCUGGUGCAUGGUAUGGGAGCAGUUAUGUACAACAAUUGUCAUGCUAACUACUACCAUCGAACGAGGUCGUAUUAAAUGCCAUCAGUACUGGCCUAGACUUUAUGAAAAUCACGAUUAUGGUCGAUUGCAAAUUUCUUGUAUUAGUGAACGAGAAACUGCUAACUGCGUUUAUCGCGAAAUAUCAAUUCAAGAUAUAAUGACAAAAGAAGAGAGACGGGUAAGCCAAAUGCAGUACACGGCGUGGCCUGAUCAUGGUGUUCCAGAUGAUCCGAAACAUUUUAUUGAUUUCGUCGAUGAAGUUCGACGUGCACGAGCAGGUUCAGUAGAUCCAAUCGUUGUGCACUGCAGUGCAGGAAUCGGACGAACCGGUGUGCUAAUACUGAUGGAAACAGCUGCUUGUCUGGUAGAAGGUAAUGAACCGGUGUAUCCCCUAGAUAUUGUUAGAACAAUGCGCGAUCAACGGGCUAUGCUCAUACAAACACCGGGUCAGUAUACAUUUGUAUGCGAAUGUAUUUUGCGCGCUUAUCAUGACGGUUUGAUCAAACCAUUAGCGGAGUAUUGCGUGCGUUCCUCUUGA